CGAUAACGAUUGGGUUCCUUAAUCACGAUGGCAACCCAACCAAAGUUUUCUUCGGGAGAAAGAAAGUCAACGGGAAAUUUCUUAUUGGCUAAGCCACUCGUGAUGCUAUAAAUAAGCCGAGAGAGCUUUUGUUUGGAUUGAAAGGGCUUUCGCCGGAAGGAAUCGCGGAGAGAAACUUGAGAGAGGGGAAGAAAAAGGGGAAACCUUCAAAACCUCAAAAGAUCGUUUCGUGGAGAGUUUUCUCCGAAUUAAUCGUUUGGUAGACUUUGAAUUGUUAAACUUAUUGUGGGUUAGGGUUUUUGUUUUUGUAAUUUUUUCUCGUUUAGGGAUUAAAAAUUUUAUAAUCCAUUUUGGUUUGCCGAAAUUGAUCUCCUUAUUCGACGUCGACGGAAUGGAAUCCAAUCUCGUUAUCAAGGUUAAGUAUGGACAUACUCUAAGGCGUUUUAAUGCUGGAAUUGAUGAUGCUGAACAGCUGGAUCUUAAUAUGGCUGGACUGAGGGCCAAAAUUAUUGGGCUUUUCAAUUUUCCUGCUGAUGCUGAACUUACUCUUACUUAUAUUGAUGAAGAUGGGGAUGUUGUUACUCUUGUUGAUGAUAAUGAUCUGCGUGAUGUGAUGAGGCAACGUCUCAAGUUCUUGAGGAUUGAUGUGAGGCUGAAUAACGAUAAGUUUGGUAAACUUUAUGCUGGAUCAAGCGGAAGUUCUACUCCCUUAAGAUCCCCAUCUGUUCAGCCUCCGUUGGCAAGCUUUAAUACUGGUGCUGCUGAUGUAUUGAAAUCUGUGCCUGAGCCUCUACGUGAUGCUUUAAGUGAAGUUUUCUCAAAGCUGUCCUUUGAUGUUCCUUUGAAAGUUGCAUCUGCUAGUCCAGUGCUAGGUGAUCUUGUGGAGUGCUUGUCUAAGAUGGGACAAUCCUAUCUGAGCCCUGUUUCCCAGUCUGGAGCUGGUGCUAAUACAAACAUACCUGUUGGAACUUCUGAGAGCCCUAGUGCCCCAUCUGCCCCAACCGAUCCCAAUCCUUCAAGGGAUGCUGGCUUACAAGCAGUUUUGCCAAAAUGUACAGCUGAUGACUCAAGUUGCAGGGCUAGCAAGGAAGCCAACAAUGGAAAUGCAACGGGAGGUGUAAAUGUGCCUGCUGCUGUUGAUUUGAAUGUUGAUCCUCCUGCUGAUGUCAACCUGACUGGAUGUGCUACCAUGACCUCUGGAUCAUCUGCAUCAAACAAGAAAAACACAAAGGAGAGCAAUAGUCAUAACAAGGGGAAGAGUGUUAGCUUGGAUACAUCAACUCCCCUUGUUGAUACUACAAGGAAAUAUUAUCCGAUCAAUGGGAUGGGUCCUUCAAAUGAAUGUCCCUUCAGUGGAGUGCCGGUAGCAAACGACCCUGUUGUGCCUCCUUUUCUAUACCAUCCCUUUAGUCCAAGUAAAAGGAGUUCCACUCAUGAAAAUCCCAUGUUUGGUACAUUCCACAAGGGAAUUCAAUGUGAUGGUUGUGGAGUUCUUCCCAUUACUGGACCUCGGUUCAAGUCCAAAGUAACAGAUGAUUAUGAUCUCUGCAGCAUCUGCUUUUCCAAAAUGGGAAAUGAAGCUGAUUACAUCAGAAUGGACAGACCUUUGCAUUACCGGCAUCCAUGGUGUUUCAGGGCAUCAAAUGAUCAUAUUCCAAGAGCUGGUGGGCCAGCACUACCGCAUGUCUUGAGGAAUCGUGUAAUGAAGUCAGCUCGGCCUAAGCUAGACAGUCGCUUCAUCUUGGAUGUCAGUGUACUGGAUGGGACUGUAAUGGCUCCAUCUACGCCAUUUACAAAGAUCUGGAGGAUGCGCAAUAAUGGCACUUUGCCCUGGUGUGGCAGAAUGCAACUUGUCUGGAUUGGGGGAGACAAGUUCAGUGAUGCAACCUCAGUUGAGAUAGAGAUUCCUGCUGAUGGUGUACCUGUUGAUGGGGAACUUGAUAUUGCCAUUGAUUUUACUGCACCACAGUUGCCUGGUCGAUAUGUUUCUUACUGGAGAAUGGCAUCUCAAACUGGCAUGAAGUUUGGGCAACGUGUUUGGGUUCUCAUCCAUGUUGAUACGUCCAUUAAGGAAUCUAUUAGUGAUAACUUCCAGGGCUUGAACUUAAAUUUGCCCCCUGAAAGCAGUGGCCCAAGAGACCCUGAGAUUGUAGAUAUGAAUGUUGAUCUUGUUACAGAGCUUUGCAACUCUAAUGCGGGCAAUGCGCCUCUGAAGCCCAUGGUUAAUGACCAGCCAGCAAAGGAGCAUACAGUAUACAAUAGUUUGCUGCUUGGCAGUGAUGUCCCAAUACCUGUUCCUACAUCUUCAUCUGUGACUUAUCCCAUCAUUGACCAAGGUGUCUUUGUCCCUGUUCACCAGCCUCCUACAUUAUCUUCACCUGCAGCAUAUCCUAACAUUGACCAACGUGUCUCAUCUCCUGCUUUUCCACACAUUCCAUCUCCGUCUGUGUCUUAUCCCAUGAUUGAUCUCUCAGAAGCAGCUCCUACUGGACCCUUUCAAGCACCACCCCCUGCAAUAUGUGUACAAGCACCAUCUCCUGCUGGACAGUCUCAAGCACCAGCCCCUGCAAUAUGUGUACAAGCGCCAUCUCCUGCUGGACCCUCUCAGGCACCAGCCCCUGCAAUAUGUGUGCAAGCACCAUCCCCUGCAAUAAGUGUACAAGCACCAUCUCAGGAGGACAUUGAAAAUGAAUCUGUUGAGCAGACUCUACUUAAGGAACUUGAAGAGAUGGGAUUCAAGCAGGUUGAUUUGAACAAGGAGAUCCUGAGGAUGAAUGAAUAUGAUCUGGAGAAGUCUGUUGACGAUCUUUGUGGGGUAGCUGAGUGGGAUCCAAUUCUUGAGGAGCUGCAGGAAAUGGGUUUCUGUGAUGCUGAAAUGAACAAGAAGCUGCUGAAGAAGAACAAUGGGAGCAUCAAGGGAGUUGUCAUGGAUCUCCUCACUGGUGAAAGGGCUUAAAUGAAGGAUAAUGGUGCUUUCUUAGGGAUAUGCUAUACAUAAAUAAAAUCAAGAGUGCUCCCAAACCUUCUCAAGUAGCUGCUUUUAGUUUUCCAGGGGUGUUUAAGUUCUAUAGUAUAUAGGCCCAGAGGGGCUGUUAACAUUUUGCUAUUAUUGUAUGAAACUUAUAAUUAUCUUUAUUCUAUAAAUAUUUUACACCCCUCUUUCUUGAAAAAAUAAAAAAAAAUGGUUCUUUCCUAGCAAUCUUUAGAAUUUACAAUAAUAUUAAAAUCA